CACCGCCGCUGCGCUCAGCUCGCCUAGGGUUUCUCCACUCUUCUCCCCACCUAGGGUUUCCCGCCUCCCCACCAGCCCCACAAAGCAAUGGCGGACGCGGCGGAGAGGAAGCGCACCCUGCGGAGCUCCGACGGCGAGGAGUUCGAGGUGGAGGAGGUGCUGGUGCUGGAGUCGCAGACCAUCAAGCACAUGAUCGAGGACGAGUGCGACGGCGUCAUCCCGCUCCCCAACGUCAGCGCCAAGAUCCUCUCCAAGGUCAUCGAGUACUGCAGGAAGCACGUCCAGACGCGCGCCGCCCUCGCCCCCGACGGCGACAUGAGCACCAACGCCGCCGGCACCGAGCUCAAGACCUUCGACGAGGACUUCGUCAAGGUCGACCAGGCCACCCUCUUCGACCUCAUCCUGGCUGCAAACUACCUGAACAUCAAGGGGCUGCUGGACCUGACCUGCCAGACGGUGGCUGACAUGAUCAAGGGCAAGACCCCAGAGGAGAUCCGCGCGACCUUCAACAUCAAGAACGACUUCACCCCAGAGGAAGAGGAGGAAGUGCGCAAGGAGAAUGCGUGGGCCUUCGAGUGAAGGUCGCCGCCCUGACAAGUAACGCGAAUAACCAGCAAGGAGAGGUAACGAUGGCGCUGGUAGUGCCUGGGAGCAGCUGUUAACCGUCUGUGGUUCGAAAAACUAUGCUAGGGUGAAGUUGUAAGUAGGUUCUGGAUCCGGUGGAUCGGGAGGUCUUACCAUUUGCUGAGCUGACUCCGUUCUUUUUUGGUGGUGAUAUUUGGUGCACUCUUGAACCUGGUUAUGAGGAGAUGCUGGUUGCUGGUUAUUCUGCACUAAUGCUAGUUGGAUCUUAUGCA